CGGCACUUCGCGGAGAUGCAGCAUCAACUCCGCUGAGAGGAAAACAAUGGCACCACGUCAACAGCCGAACAGCACUAAACUUUGAAAGCUCUGGCAGCAGGGCUCCUCCACCCUUCCAGAGACCGGGAUCUGGCAUUUACGCGGCUACAGCAGAGCGCACGUCAAGUCUCCAUCGGAGCCUUGCGCUGGAUCUCCCACAGCUCCUCUGCUGCUGCUGCUGCUGCUCCAGCUCCAUCAUCACCAAACGACACCCAGCGCCGGAGAAGAAGCAGAAGAAGCUGUGAUUUCCGUGCCAUGUGCACAACGACAUGUAUGUGUGAAUUCACGCGGUGACAGGGGGACAGGGGGAAUGGAGCGGCUGUCAUCAAAUUCCUGAAGACGCACCGAUAAAGGGAAGGCUGUCGUGUAGAAGAGAGAGAAGACCUUCAUACGCAGCAGCAGCCAAUCCGAGACAUUCAUUUUUUUCUUAUUAUUGCCGGUGAGAAGGAUCAGUGGUCAGGUGUCGCCUUUCAUUUCAACCACAACAAUGGGGGAGCAGCCCAUCUACAGCACGCGGGCCCACGUCUUCCAGAUCGACCCCAACACCAAGAAGAACUGGCUGCCCACCAGCAAGCACGCCGUCACCGUCUCCUACUUCUACGACAGCACGCGCAACGUCUACCGCAUCAUCAGCCUGGAUGGCACCAAGGCAAUAAUCAACAGCACCAUCAGUCCCAACAUGACGUUCACAAAGACCUCACAGAAGUUUGGACAGUGGGCAGACAGUCGAGCAAACACUGUCUACGGCCUGGGAUUCUCGACUGAGCAUCACCUAGCCAAGUUUGCAGAGAAGUUUGCAGAAUAUAAAGAAGCGGCGCGGCUCGCUAAAGAGAAGAGUCAAGAGAAGGAUAUGGCCACGUCUCCUUCUCAGGAGUCUCCGGCGGGUGAGCUCUCGUCACCUUUGACACCACUGACCCCGCCCAUGGAAACCAUCAACGGCACAGAUGACAUGUGUGACACGACUCCCAACUCAGACAGCCGCCCAGAGCCAACACAGAACGCACUGGCCUUCUCACACAGCCCCGCCAUGACAAAACAUUGGGAGGCUGAGCUGGAGGCACUAAAGGGGAACAAUGCCAAACUAACGGCAGCCCUGCUGGAGUCCACAGCCAACGUCAAACAGUGGAAACAACAACUGGCUGCCUACCAGGAGGAGGCCGAGAGACUACACAAAAGAGUGACGGAGCUUGAGUGCCAGAGCAACCAAACCCCAGUGAUCAAAUCCCAGAAGACUGAACUCAACCAAACCAUAGAGGAACUGGAGAAUACGCUAAGGGAUAAAGAAGAGGAAAUGGAAAAGUUAAAAGAAGAAUUGGAAACCAUGAACGACCUGAUGGAGCAGAAAGACACUCUUACCCAGAAACUUGAGGAGACUGAGCUGCGCAGUCGGGUGCUAGAGGAGCAGCUGGCGGGUGCAGAGCAGCGGUUAGAGGAGAACCAGGAGGAGCAGGAGAAUUUCAGAAAGAGCCUGCGGACGCUGCUGGAGAUGCUGGACGGCAAGAUCUUUGAGCUGACGGAGCUCAGAGACACCUUGGCUCGGCUCAUAGAGGAGGCCAGCUAGAGACGGGGCUGCCCGAUCUUCACAGACAGAGCCAUAUGAUAAUUUACACCCCUAACUCAACCUCAUCAAUCCCACCCCACCAUGCCCCAACCUUUCUCCUACACUCGACACACACUAAGACUGAGACACUGCACUGCCCCAAUUCUAAUUUUGCUCAAAAAAGGGCAGCUAACUCCCGGUUUUUAACCUUGCAGGCACCGAGCUCCAACCAACCGCAGGCACUCCUGUCGUUCGAGACAAUACAGGGACUACCUCAUCUUGGCCUUCUGAUUGGCUGGUGUAGGUGUAACCUUGGUUGAAUUGAUCCUGUCGUUGAGAUGCCUGCUGUGGCAACCCCCCCACACACACACACACACACACGCACACGCACACACACACAGACACACACACACACACACACACACACACACCCACCCUCACUCACCAAGAGUUAACUUGAGAACUGUGCAUCAGUGCCAUCUGCUGUUUGACUGGGAGAGCCGCACCACAGAUUGAAGCAUCACAACAUCUCUCUCUCUCUCUCUUACACACACACACACACACACACACACACACACUGCAUCUCUAAACUGCCCCCCCCCCCCCACAAGGGGAAUGUUGAAAGUCAUGUGGAAAUAAUUGCCGUUAAGACUCUGCGAGAACUGCGCCAAAGCUGCCAAAUCCCCCGAAAAUAUUGUCCUCUAACUAGCAGAUGCUUUGAUCCAAAGUGACUUACUGUACAGAGAAGUGCUGAACACAAAGAGUCCCACGUUUGAGCUCGGGCUGCCAGCGGAGUUUCACUGGAAACAGAGAUUUAAAGGACGGCUCUGUGUACCAGCCGGGACACACAAGGCUUCUCGGAAACUGAGCUUGGUUUAUGCUUCUUGAGUGAAGAGAACAGACUGCUAUGUAUCCACGGCGUAUUUAAAAAGAAAAACCCUACAUGACGGAUAGUGUUCAAUCUUCCAGAGGCAUCACUUGUGCCACACAGAAAUUUUAAUGGGCACGCUAGAUUUGAUGUGAGAAUUCCUGUAUCCAGACUGCUUCCACCAUCUCAGACAAGUGACCUAUCUUCCUGCCAAGCUCAGUGUGGUGUGUGUUUCUGAACAAGGCCUGACCCUACGACAUAACGUGUGCCUUUGAAGCGCACGCAAGUGGACACGUGUUUGUAUAUAAUUUGUGUGUGUGUUUUGUGUAGUGAGAGGAAGAUCCCGUUUUUUGUUUUUUUUUGGACAUCAAGGCCGAUAUACACACACACACACACUGAGCAAUACCAAACAGGCUCUAUAAGACACCUCUAUCUCAUUCUAUCAGGUACUCUACUCAGUGGACUCAUGCAGAUAAAGGUCAAACGCAGCUCAGUUGAUCGCCCCCAUGUCCGACAGAAAGUGUACAACCGUUGACCGCGAACCUGUGUGGCAGCCCUGUCGAAGUAGUGCGUCGUGAAGGGCUUACAGAGCGUCAUCUACAUGUUCGUAAAUCUCCACCCUGAAGCAGGCCACAGAUAUUCACUCCUCACUGGGUGAAGACUAAGAACUGUACUCAGUUUAUAUUUGUUUUGUUUUUUACAUAGAAUAUAACACUGAUGAUAUAAUUAUAGAACUAUAUAGGACAACUUUCUACUCAUGAUGGCAUUGUAAAUGAAUGGAUGAAUAACUCAAAUGCAGUAACACCCUGCCGCGGCUUAUUGUUGUGUAUUAACCAAUGGAAAAGUAUCGCAUAGUAUAGUAGAGUAUCUAGUCUGUAGGUAAACAAUGAAACCCUCCUCAAUAUCUGUUUAAAAUGGCAUAGCAACACAAUGUAAAUGCAGUGUUAUAUGUUCUGUACAAACGAUUUCCACACAUAAAGCGGCUCCAGUAACAGUCAAAUCCAAAAACUGCAUCUUUAAAAAGAUUCUAAAACGCUAUGCUCACGUGAAAUGCUGCUCAUCCUGCCUUUCAACUGAGCACCCUGUUUGCACUGUGUUAUUACACUGUUGUAACUCCACUAUAUACCCAGAGAUUUAAUCAUUAAGUCCUAUAGCACAGCAGAAUUCUAUACGUAAAAUAUUAGUGUAGUUAGUUACACAGCAGGUUAAUACACUGGAAUAAGACCCAUGUAAAGGGAGAUGUUACCUAGUUUUUUUUUCUUCCUGGUUUAACUUUGACUGUCAAAUGUCAGAGGUGGAAAACCUAAAUAUUAAUGCUGUUGUUAAAUGAAUGCCUUUGUACAGUAGUGGAUAAGAAGCUUUUCAUUCUCCUGUUUUGUAACUUAUGGUAUUUAAAUGUAGGUAUUAUGAUUAUUAUUGUUACUAUGAUUAAUAUUAUUGUAUUUAGAGGUAUGAGAAGACUGGCAAUAUUUUUGACUAUUUAAAGUAAUUUUGAACUCAUGAUAUUAAAGAGGUACCUCAGGCUGAUGUUCGUAGAUUGGUGAGACUUGUGUGUAUGCAGGUGAAAGGAUUUUAUUGUGUUUUCUUAACCUUUAUUCAAGAGCAUGGUCUUUCAGUUUGAGAGCAGGAAUAAUUGAUUUCAAAUUCAAAUUUUUUGACGCCUUCCCUUGCACUCAAAUAGCCCCUGCAUUUACUUUCAUUUGCUCUGCUUGUGCUAAAACUGCGCUUGCACUCAGAUAUUUUGUAGCUCAGGUCUUGGAUUUUUAUUCUGCACAACAAGUCUGUCAAAAUUCCCCAACCAAUAGAACGGGAGUGCAUGAACCCAGUUUCAGAAAUCGCCUGUACUGUUCUCUCAAAAAAGUAAAGCUAAGGCACCCACAGUGAGGGCGGGACAAUUUCACUCUACAACACUGCACCUGCCAAUCUAUUGGUUGGUGAAUUUUUGACAGACUUGUUGCACAAAACAAUCCGAGAGCAGAGAAACAGAGAAGUAGCGAGCGUGACAAAAAGAGCUGAAGCUGGAGCACAGGAGUGUAAGCGCACAAUUUGAGCACAAGCAUCACAAAACCAAGUCAAGUGCUGCUCUCAAACUGAAAUACCGCACUCUGGAAUAAAAAGCAAAUGCUGGUGGAGGCCAAUCAGGAGACACACACCUGUUUGGUGCUUCAGCCGAGCUCAAGCCUUUUGUUGUGUUGAAUUCAAACAGAGACGGCCCGACCUGGGCUGAGGAACACACCUCUGUGGACAAAGAAAUGCUAUGUUUUGUAUUCAAAUACAGUGACUGCAGAAUUCAAGGUGUACAAAUUACUUUUUGUUGUUUCUUUUCUUUUAAAUUAAAAACACAAUAUUAACUCAAUCAGUCGACAGUGAAAGAGACAAUCUUCACAAGGUUUUAUUCAAAUGCAGGGGUAAGGUUGUAAAAAAAAAAAGAACUGAAUAAAUGAAGGUGGUAGGACUAAAGGCAAAAGGGUUUCUUUAAUGAACAGUAUCUGUGUAAAAACAACUGCAACCUGCAAUAAGUAAUCUGAACAUAUUAUCACCCAUUCAGUUGUUUCAUCCUUUUUUUGUGCAUUUCUUUAUACUGAUAUUGCACUUGCCAAGUGACUGCUUAUACACACAGAGGGUCAUAUACUGUACAUAUAUAGAGCUUGGGGAUAACAGGACUACAUAGAUAAUGUAAAGAAGCAAACAAAUUUGGCUGAAAAUACUUUGGAAUAAAGCAAAAUAAAAAAGAGAAAGCGAUGGAAAAUUACAGUUAGCCGACAAACAAGCUCUGUGAAGGUUAUCAACAGCUAAAGGUCAGUUUUAAACAGGAGACAGUUUGUUUCUAAGGUAACCCAAGUGAUAGACAGGUCAUGGCGGAGGUGUCACUUUCUCAACUCAGUUUCCCUAAAGUUUUCAGCACGUUGUUGGCCAUUGUUUGGAGUAGCAACAUUAACUCCAGCACUUACAUCUUUUGGGAAACUGGUUUUAGUGACAUCAAGCCAGGUGUGUUCUGGGUUAGGAUUAAGUUCAGGGUUAGAUCUCUGUCUCAUGCUACAGUACAUGAUGAGGAAGAACAUUUGUGCUGACAGUCACAGAAGACGUGUGAAAGUGCCUCGGAUCUGCUCUGCUGAGAUAUUUUCUCAGAUAUUAUUAUUUGUAUAAUGUUGCAUUUACCCUCCAUAACUUUUCAGUUUUACAUCAUCGACCUCAUGAUUAAUGUCAACACAAGCACAAAAAGAUGCAAAUAUUUGCAUCCAAGCUGUUAAAGAAUGUGCAUGCUGAGGCUGCUCUGACUCAGAGCUUAGUAUACGACACGUUUUUGCUUCAUGUUAAAAACGUGUGUCACUGUGUGCUACUAAGCAUCUCACUGGUCCACUCAUACUGUCCCUUCCAUCCCACUUUUUUUAGGUCUUAACCUGCAUGUUCAGUACUUUUAAGCUUCCUCAACUACUACAGAGAUAACGUUUCACCAGUGAUAAAAAAAA